AUGUCACUAAUUCCAUUACCAGAGUCACUAGUUCCAUUUUUAGAGUCAUACCUUCCAGCAGAAAAGCACAAUGGCCCGUUUGUAACUCUUACAUAUGCACAAUCAUUAGAUUCGAGAAUUGCAGCCAAAGUUGGUGUACAAACCAAACUUUCACAUUUAGAGACCAAAACAAUGACCCACUAUUUACGAUCAAAACAUGAUGCAAUCCUAGUAGGAGUUAAUACUGUACAAGCAGACGAUCCAAAAUUGAAUUGUCGAUAUGGGAAUGAGCUGCGGAUCCGACCCGUGGUUCUUGACCCAUAUAGGAAAUGGAAUUUCGCAAAUUCUCAAUUGUGCAAGAUUUGCAAAGAUGGCAAAGGAUUGGCACCAAUUAUCAUAGUUGAUGAGCUGGUGCAACUAGGAGAAAGCAAAAAUGAUGAGGACGCAACAGAAUUGAAUGCAUUGGGAGGCGAGUAUAUUGCACUACCCUUGAUUGAAAAAAGAAUGAGCAAUUGGCAGCUAAUAUUUGACAAACUAUACAAAAAUGGAUUGAAAACGAUAAUGGUGGAAGGUGGGGCUACUAUCAUCAACGAGCUUUUACUUAAUCGUGAUCUCGUUGAUAGUCUUAUUAUUACAGUUGCGCCAGUGUUUUUGGGAAAAGAAGGCGUUGAGGUCUCUCCAUCAAAGGAAGUAAGACUCCAAAAUAUAUCCUGGUGGUCGGGCAUCCAAGACAGCGUGAUGUGUGCGCAUAUACUGUAA